AUGGGGACUAACAUGCAAACAAUUAAGUGUGUUGUUGUUGGUGAUGGUGCAGUUGGCAAAACUUGCCUACUCAUAUCGUAUACAACCAACAAAUUUCCGACUGAAUACGUCCCGACUGUUUUCGAUAAUUAUGCCGUUACGGUAAUGAUUGGAGGAGAACCGUAUACUUUGGGACUUUUCGAUACCGCUGGACAAGAAGACUACGAUCGAUUGAGGCCUUUGAGUUAUCCGCAAACUGACGUUUUCCUUGUCUGCUUUUCUGUUGUAAACCCUUCGUCUUUUGAGAAUGUGAGAGAAAAAUGGGUCCCAGAAAUUGUACAUCACUCAGCUAAAGUCCCAUUUCUUCUUGUUGGAACACAAUGUGAUCUUCGAGGUGAAAGUGCCACUAGAACUCAUCUUAAGAAUAAUAAAAUGAAAGAAAUCACUACUGAACAAGGUGAACAGCUCGCCAAAGAACUGAAAGCUGUCAAAUAUGUGGAAUGUUCGGCCCUCACCCAGAGUGGCUUGAAAAAUGUAUUCGAUGAGGCUAUCCUUGCUGCUUUGGAGCCACCACGAAUUCGUAAAUCAAGGCGAUGUUCUUUACUGUAAAAGAAUUCAGUUCAUUUUUCCAUUCAUUAUUUCCAUUACUAAUUUACAAUUACUACUGAGAGCUACUGGUAGUAAUAUUAUCUUAUAUGAAAUAUUAACUGUGAAAAGUGUCUUUCCUUUAGCUCCGGUCUCUAUUCUUCCCUCCCUUCCCACUACUGCCUCCUACAAAGAAAUACAUAUAUAUUACUUAUUGUUUCCCACAUAUUUUACACCGAAUAUCUUUGUAACGAUGAUAAUUAUGAUA